AAAGAGCCCUUAUCCUACACCUUAAACUCUGCUCUUCUGAUAUAGCAAGUCGGAAAGGAUCUGAAAAUGAGUUUGACAGCUAAGGAUAAAGCUGUGGUCAAGGCCUUCUGGGGCAAAAUAUCUAGCAAGGCCGACGCCAUAGGCCAAGAAGCCCUGGGAAGAAUGCUCAUCGUCUACCCCCAGACCAAAAUAUAUUUUGCCCAUUGGCCCGAUCAAUCUAUCGGCUCUGCCCAAGUGAAGAAGCACGGCAAAACUGUGAUGGGGGCCAUCACUGAUGCUGUGGGCAAAAUGGACGAUCUUAUCGGUGGACUGAGCUGCUUGAGCGACCUCCACGCCACCAAGCUCCGCGUAGACCCUGGGAACUUUAAGAUUCUGUCCCAUAACAUCCUCGUGACCCUGGCCGUUCAUUUCCCCGCUGACUUUACCGCGGAAGUGCACGUGGCCGUGGACAAGUUCCUCGCGGCUCUGUCCGCGGCGCUCGCGGAUAAAUACAGAUAAACUUCCGGUGCUUCACGCGCGUCUGCAGACGGAGGCCUUUCAAACGCUGAAGCUGAAAUACCAGAUGCAAUUAAUAAAAUCUACAACUAUCAUAA